AUGGAAAAGGUCCAAUUGAUGGGAUAUUUUCGACUUAAAAUGUUAAAAAACGGCUUAAUCGAUCCAGAAGAAUUUAAGGAGAUGACGAAUGGGCAGAUUGCACUCUGGUCUCGCCUGCUUUGCAUCCACCGGCCGGAUUCGAGGCAAUGGAGAAGUUCGAUGGAUCUAUGCGUUUGGAAGAUGAAGCCUCCGGCCGGCUUCGAUGCGGUUGAAAAAUCCAUUUGUAUUUCGUUCAUCACGGCAGGGGUUAAGAUCGUCUUGGAGACUGAGAGGUUUUGUACCCAGGCGAAAAUCCUGCAAAAUGCCGUGGAGAACACCGCACGCAAGAUUAGCGGAACGGCGCCGGGCCAAGGAGCA